ACACAACAGCGGGCGAAUUUAAAAGUGCAGACCGCUGGCUGUCAACUGCAGCACUACUAUUCUGCUGUCACCAAGCCAGUACAGCGAGGCCCUUUAUUUGCAAUGGAUAAGUCACAGCAAGGCCCUAAGCCAGUGGUGGAAAUUCCACAUUCCUCUGGCGGGGUCGAGUCCUCUCCAUAGGACAAUGACUGUUGACUUCCCCACAAAGUGGUACUCGUUUAAUCGACCCCAGAAGGAUGAUGGGCUGAGUCGUUCUUCAGAAACCCCCAUCACAACGCAAGUAGAUGGAUUCAAUCAACGGGCAGACACGUUCAGCAGUGAAGCCGAUGCCUUGAUCGAUAUUAAAAAGAAGAAAAAGCCCCCCAUCUUGAGAUCCAACACGUAUCAUCCUUCCUUAGCAAGGACUGGAGAAGUUGAGAAAAAAAACAAGUCCCCAUCAGUCUCUCCCCAGAACAAGUACACCAACCAGUUCCACAAGUUGUUCAAAGAAAUUCCAGAGGAAGAAGAUCCCAUUGAGACCUUCAACUGUGCACUCCAAAGAGACCUCAUAUUUCAAGGCCGAAUGUUUGUCUCCGAAAACUGGAUCUGCUUUUUCGCCAACUUCUUUGGGAAAGACGUGAAGGUUGCAAUUCCGGUGUUGACUGUGAAAGCGAUUAAAAAGCAGAGAAGUGCGCUUCUGCUACCAAAUGCCAUUGGCAUAACAUCUGCCUGUGAAAAACACAUGUUCAUCUCCUUCUUGGCCCGGGAUGCCGCAUACAAAGCCCUGCUGUCUGUCUGCAAGCAAGCCGAGGCAGUAAACGAAAACAGUUCCAACAACCUUGUACAACUUGGGCAGGAACAAGCCUCCAGCAACUGCGCCAGGCCUGAUGCCUUCAAUACGACCACCACUGAUGGAUUGCGCCUUGAAUUGGUCCCUUCCAAUCAAACCACUCCAAGUACACAAAGCAGCAGCACCAGCUCUGUGUUUGAAGAGCAUGAAGAAAGCAGCCCGACAGAGAUCAAAUGGAAAAACGGUCUGCAUGAGACUGAUGCCAUCUCAAGGCCAUCAUCAACCCAGACAGCGGCUCCCCCAGCCCCCUCAUUUACCAGCAGACUCCAACAAAAAAUGUCUUACCUCUUAAGUUCAACACCAAGGACAGAAGAUCAACAAUCAGUGCAUUACAUUCUGGUUGUGUGCACUUUACUGAUCGUGUUGCUUAUGGUGUCGUCUUGUUACAUGGCGGUGAAAAUAGCAUCUUUGGAGGCUCACCUAACUUCAAUCGGGAUGGGACCUGAACAGCAAUAUGUUCCUGGCCUUCCCGACCGAAGCAAUUUGAAUCCCAUGUCAUCUGCUGACAAAGUAGACCUCACCAACAGUGAACUGAUGACUUCUCUGGCUACGCUAGGCAGUGUUAUAAAAAAUCUGGAUGAAUUGCUUGUUGAGCUACAGUCUCUGAUCACUACUGCUUCACUGUCAUGAUUUCAAGACCUUCUGCAGGCAGAAGAUUGUUGGGACCAUUGGCGCAGAAAAAAGGGGACCUGUCUCCAUAACUGUAUUUAUGCACAUGAAGGGAUAUACUGAACUCCACGAUGAUUCGCAACAUUUUCAACCCAGGAUUAAAAAUCUGCAAGUGGAGCCAACACAAAUCCAAUUGCAAUAAAACAUUUAAAUAAUUACAACUGCCUUGGUGUAGUUGCGUUAGAUACGUUACCACUGUAUACAACUCGGUGGGUAAUUUUGAUUAUGGAUGUGGAGUUUUUUUUUAUAUCUCUUUCACAGUCUGCAGAAUUUGAGUGGUAUUUUCUAAGUUUACAUGUGAACAAUGACAUUCCAUGGCUCAGGGUACAGUGCCAUUGCCGGACUGGAUGUUGCUGUGCAUUCAUGCAUGCUUUAAAGUGAGGAUGCGCUAAUUGGUGCUGAUCGAUACUGACCUUUUUGUGUUGAAAUAUCCUGUAAAAGAAAUCCCCAGCAUGUGUGAAUUUGCAAUGAAGUCAUGAUAUUAGCACCUCACUUUCAAAAUACAGCUUAUCCUGCGUUCGUCCAGCACUUUAGAUUAUCUGCCAUCAUGUACAUUACAGUUUUUACUGGGGACUUCUUGCCCAUUACAUUGUAUAAUGUACAAGCAAUAUCCUGAAAGCUAAUCAUGCCAAAAAUCUUUCAUUAAGAAUUUUUCUAAUUUCGAUAUCGAAGAAUAUUAGGAUUUAAUAAUCCAGACGCCGUAGGAAAACAAUGUUUUAUGUGUGCAAAUCAAGCUUUUUCACAUUUUAUUGAAAUAAGCCGUGAAAAGUGACUCACCCGUAAUUUCAGAUUCGCUAUUUUUAUCGCACAUUUUAAAUUGACAAUAAAGUGUCGGGAACAGUGCUUGUCACCUGUAAUGAGAAUUUGGUAAUCCAUUGUUCUUUUACAUUUCCGUAUCAAUUCCCAUUUAAACCAAAGGUGCAAAGAUGAGGUCUGCAGCAAGACUUGUGUGCUUGACAGCACGAUUGGUUGACAGCUCUUUAAAGUGCCUAUACUGUAUUUAAAAAAGGCCCAUCAACAGCAAAAGAUUGUAAAUUAAGUAAAUUAUAAGUAACCUGCAGGUGUGCAGUGCAUAUGUGCAGAAGUAUAUCUGUUUGUUGAUGUGUUGAAUGCAUUUACAUCAGAACCAGUGUAAUUUCUUUAGCGUGUGUUAUUUAUGGAUUUCUCGUUAUAAUGAGUGAUGUAUGAUGUUUAUUUAUUUCAUUUGGUGAAACAUACAAUACUGUAAUUAGCUAUCUGUUAUUAAAGUGUAAUUUAUGAAUUAAUAAAAAAUAAAAGUAC